AUGGACCCGCCGCGGCUCAACGCGUCGCUGCAGGAGCUGCUCUGCCGCCCGGGCGCCGGCACCGGCACCGGCACCGGCACCGGCAACGCCAGCGCCUCGAACGGCUCGGUCUGCGACCUGCUGCGCGGGGGUCUCCUCGGGCCCCCCGCGCCCAAAGACCUGGACCUGACCGUGCGCGUCCUGCUGUACGCGCUGAUCUUUGUGCUGAGCGUGUGCGGGAACACCCUGGUCGUGGCCGUGCUGCUGCUGAACCGCCGCCUGCGCACCGUCACCAACUCCUUCCUGCUGUCCCUGGCCCUCAGCGACCUCAUGCUGGCCCUGUGCUGCAUGCCCUUCACGCUGCUCCCCAACCUCAUGGGCACCUUCGUCUUCGGAGAGGCCAUCUGCAAGCUCAUGGCCUAUCUCAUGGGCGUCUCCGUGUCGGUCUCCACCUUCAGCCUGGUGGCCAUCGCCAUCGAGCGGUACAGCGCCAUCUGCAACCCGCUGCAGUCCCGCGUGUGGCAGACGCGGUCCCACGCCUGCCGGGUCAUCGCCAGCACCUGGCUCUUCUCGGUGCUGCUCAUGCUGCCCUACGCCGUGUACAGCACCACGCAGGCGCUGCCGGCCCGCAGCCCCCGCCAGUGCACGCACAGCUGGCCCAGCGAGCGCGUCCGCCAGGCCUGGUACGUGCUGCUGCUCCUCGUCCUCUUCUUCAUCCCGGGCGUGGUGAUGACGGUGGCCUACGGGCUCAUCUCCCGCGAGCUCUACCGCGGCAUCCGCUUCGAGCUGGACAUCAAGGGGGAGGCGGCAGCCCGGCACAGCAGCGGCGCGGAGCCGGCGCCCGCCUGCGACGAGGGCGACGGCUGCUACCUGCAGCUCUCCCGGCCGGGCGGCGCGCUGGAGCUGCGUGCGCUGGGGGCCGCGGGCACGCAGCAGGACCGCGCGCGCAUCAACUCCUCCGAGGCGAAGCUGGUGGCCAAGCGGCGCGUGAUCCGCAUGCUGGUGGUCAUCGUGGCCAUGUUCUUCCUCUGCUGGCUGCCCAUCUUCAGCGCCAACACGUGGCGUGCCUUCGCCCCACGGGCAGCCCAGCGCGCCCUCUCCGGGGCGCCCAUCUCCUUCAUCCACCUGCUCUCCUACACCUCCGCCUGCGCCAACCCGCUCAUCUACUGCUUCAUGAACCGCCGCUUCCGGAAGGCCUUCCUGGCCACCUGCGCCGGCUGCCGCCGUGCCUGCCCGCGCCGCCCGCUCGACGAGGAUGUGGCCAACGCCAGCGCCUCGCUCUCCAAGUUCAGCUACACCACCGUCAGCAGCCUCGGCCCGCCCUGAGCCCCGGCACCCGGCGGCUCUGCGCAGCCCUGGCUCUGCCGCGCCCCGGCCCCCGCCGUGCCCCGGCCGCGGAGCAUCCCCCGCACUCCCCCCAGCACCCCCCACGCACCCAGCACCCCCCAUGCCCUGGCCCUGCUUUGCUGCCAGCCCCAGAGCAGCCCUGGCACCCCAGCACCCUCUGUGCACCCCAACAGCCACCGUGCACCCAGCCCCGGAGCAGCUCUACCGUCCCAGUACUCGCCGUUUUUCCACGUGCCCCAGCAUCUUCCAUGUGCUCCAGCACCUGCUCUGCCACCAGCCUCAGAGCAGCCCCAGCACCCACCGUGCCUCCGUGUGCCCCAGCACCCUCCAUGCAUCCCAGCACCCACCGUGCCUCCGUGUGCUCCAGCACCUUCCGUGCAUCCGAGCACCCACCGUGCCUCCAUCACCCUCCGUGCCUCCAUGUGCCCCAGCACCCCUGUGCACCCCAGCACCCUCUGUGCUUCCAUCACCCUCCGUGCCUCCGUGUGCCCCAGCACCCUCCAUGCAUCCCAGCACCCACCGUGCCUCCAUCACCCUCCGUGCCUCCGUGUGCCCCAGCACCCCUGUGCACCCCAGCACCCUCUGUGCUUCCAUCACCCUCCAUGCCUCCGUGUGCUCCAGCACCCUCCAUGCAUCCCAGCACCCACCGUGCCUCCAUCACCCUCCGUGCCUCCGUGUGCCCCAGCACCCCCAUGCACUCCCAGCCCCGGCAUAGCUAUGCACCCCCAGACCUGGCAGCACCCCAUACCGUGUGCCCUCGGCACCUCCAACCCUCUCCCGACUCCAGUGCUGCCAGUGCCCCAGGAGCAGCUGGCGGGGCCCAGCCCUGCACACCUGGGCAGCACCCGCAGCAGAGCCAGGCCAGCUCUGGGUGGGGGCCAGGGACGCCAAGGCCCAAGGGGCAGGGACGGGGGCUCCCCUGGCCCCACAUGGCUGGGCUGCUGCAUCUGGCCCUGGGGGACUGGCCCCAGCGCAGGGGUGGUGGGGAUAUGGUGCCCCACUGGCCCAGCCCUGGGACCUCCCCGCUGCACUCCACUCGCCGUGGGCUCUGUCCACAAUAAACCCGUGACAUCGUCCCA